ACAGCCCACAACCUUGGUUAGGAGGCGCUGGGAGGGAGGAUCGGUGUGCCCCUGAUCCCUGGGUUCUGAGGCUGCCAGGGUCGCUUGCAGCUCGGCCGCGUGGAGGUGACCGUGCGGAACUCCGAGGGGGCGCAGGGAGAGCUGGGCGGGCCCACGGCUCCAGCGGCUGCUGUCAGGGGCCGCGAGGCUUUCCCUGAAGAUGCAGCGCAGCAUAUUUUGCACAUGAGUUCAGAGGAAGAGGAAGUGUAGCCGGCGGACGCGCGGCGGCGGCGGCGGCGGCGGCGGCGGGGGCGCGUCGGGGCUGGAGCCGGAGCGCGCCGGGCGCUGGGCGCAGCGAGCGAGAGCGCGGCGGCCGCGGGCUCCGGGGAGGGACCGACGCACCGAUCAACUGAGGGACAGACAUACGAGCACGCGGCGCCGCCGCCCCCGCCUCCACCCACCGGCGCCCUUGUCCUCCCCGCCUCCUCUGUAUGGCACAAACUUUCCUCCCGGGACGGAACACGCUGUCUCAGGGAGCCCGCGCCCGCGCCUUCUCCUCCGCCGGUCCCAUACGCAGCUGCUGAAAUGGGUUGCGGAUUGAACAAGUUAGAGAAACGUGACGAAAAACGGCCUGGGAAUAUUUAUUCAACUUUGAAGAGGCCUCAGGUGGAAACCAAGAUAGAUGUGUCUUAUGAAUACCGCUUCCUGGAGUUCACAACUCUGAGUGCCGCGGAGCUCCCUGCGUCCUCAGCGGUGAGGCUGGCCUCCCUGCGUGACCUGCCCGCGCAGCUCCUGGAGCUGUACCAGCAGGGCUUCUCUCUGGCAGCCCUGCACCCCUUCGUGCAGCCCACGCAUGAGCGGGAGAAGACGCCCCUGGAGCACAUCUUUAGAGCCAUCCUGAUCAAGAAAACUGACAGAUCUCAGAAAAGUGAUCUUCACAAUGAAGGCUACAUCUUGGAAUUAGAUUGCUGUUCCUCCUUAGCCCACCUGACAGACCAGAAACUCAUCCCAGAGUUCAUUAAGAAGAUCCAGGAGGCUGCAAGCCAGGGCCUGAAAUUCGUUGGUGUUAUACCUCAGUACCAUUCCCCUGUGAAUUCAGCAGGCAGCAGCGCUCCAGUGUCUACUGCCAACAGCACCGAGGAUGCCAGAGAUGCAAAAACCGCACGUGGGGAUCACGCGUCACUGGAGAAUGAGAAGCCGGGGACUGGGGACAUGUGCGGUGCUCUGGCUGGGGGAAACCAAAGCCCAGAGCCCAGCUCAGGCCCCAGAGGGGAGGUGCCCAUCGCCGAGCAGCCCAGCUCACCCUCCGGAGAGGGAGAUGCUGGAGAACUUUCACCACGGGGGGUGAGCAAGACACUGGAUGGAGUGGAGAGCGACCCCUUGGAGGUGCAUGAAGAGCCACUCUCAGGGAAAAUGGAGAUCUUCACCCUUUUCAACAAACCGAAAAGCCAUCAGAAGUGCCGGCAAUACUACCCUGUCACCAUUCCUCUCCGUGUCUCCAAGAAUGGCCAGACAGUGAACGGCUUGGACGCCAACUGGUUAGAGCACAUGAGCGACCACUUCCGGAAAGGAGGCAUGCUGGUGAACGCCAUCUUCUACCUUGGAACGGUGAACGAUUCCUUACAUGGCUUAACAGAUGGAGUAUUCAUCUUUGAAGCUGUUUCCACAGAAGAUAGCAAAACCAUACAGGGCUAUGAUGCGAUUGUGGUUGAACAAUGGACAGUCCUGGAAGGUGUCGAAGUGCAGACAGACUACGUGCCCCUGCUGAACUCGCUGGCGGCCUAUGGCUGGCAGCUCACCUGUGUGCUACCAACUCCCGUCGUCAAGACUACCAGUGAGGGGAGUGUAUCCACCAAGCAAAUUGUCUUUCUUCAGAGACCGUGUCUACCUCAGAAAAUCAAGAAGAAGGAAUCGAAGUUUCAGUGGCGAUUCUCCAGAGAAGAAAUGCACAACAGGCAGAUGAGGAAAUCGAAAGGUAAACUCAGUGCCAGAGACAAACGACAAGCAGAAGAAAAUGAGAAGAAUUUAGAAGACCAGUCUUCCAAAGCUGGAGACAUGGGAAACUGUGUUUCAGGACAGCAGCAGGAGGGCGGAGUCUCCGAGGAGAUGAAGGGCCCUGUCCAAGAGGACAAGGGAGAACAGCUGUCCCCUGGUGGCCAGCUGUGUGGGGUGGGUGUGGAGGGCGAGGCUAUGCAGAAUGGUCCUGCCAGCCACAGCAGGGCCCCAGUGGGGCUUUGCACUGGGCACUCCAAUCCUGGAGAGGAUGCCAGGAAUGGGGAUGCUGAGGAAAUCAGAGAGCUUGGUACGGUUCAAGAAAACUGAGUCUCGGGCAAUUUGUGUUAAAACUAGGUGAGUUGCCAAACCCAAGGCAUCUUACCAACAGCUGGUUUGGGGGCUGGUUUCCCUGGUGUUGUGUGUUAGCUACCCUUUGGCUUGGCUUGACCUCUCCUUGUGAGCUCACCUGAGCCCUCCCAGGGCCAAGUUCCUGACAGUGUUGGUUUUUGCACAUCCACUGGAAAGGUGUCAUUAAUGACCCAGUGUUAGAAUGCAAGAGGUCAGGUUAUCUCUUCUAGCCCUCAUGGCUGGAGGCCCAGUCCUGGCUCCACCACUCCUCCAGCCAGAGGGUCUGGACCAUCCAGUGCCUGUCCCACCACAGGGCCUCCAGGGAGCGUUCGGGUCAAAUCCAUGGACACCCUGGGCCACAAACCAAGACUGCUGUUCAUCCCACACCUUGUGGGGCAGUGUCCAUCCACUGCAGCGACUUGGUGACUUAACUCCUCCAGGAGCCCUGUCAGCUGCCCUCCUCCACCUAAACCCCUUAGACUCUUCUGCUUUGGCAAAUAAAAUGACAUCGGGGAGGUACUCUGCCUCCCAGCUUUUCUCUAAAUAGUCCUAUAGAUACUGGUAAUCUGGAAAUGAAGAAGUAAUUCUGUGUCUGCACCUACUCUUGCAGAAUGUUCAAGGAAGUAUUCUGUUAGUAUUAAUGCCAAAAAGUUGUUUUUAAAGGUUUUGUACUCAGCACAUCAUAGGAACGAACACACAUUACUUCUGCCAUUUCAGGGCGUCGGGACUGGCUGGCACCCUUGUUAUGUGCUAUUUUAAUCAGUGUAACACUGGUCAAGUUGUUACCCAUGUAUGCUGUAACUAUUAUGUGUUUAUAUCGUCCAGAGUAUUAAGGCUUUACGUAGAUGCAACUGGCGAACCCUGGAGAGAGAAUGCCGAUUGUCUUGACCAAAACCACAGCCUGUCUCUUCUCUUGUUUAGUUACUUACGGCAAUAAAUCAUCUAUGAGUUAGUGCACCGU